AUGAGGUUCCUCCUGCCUGUGGGUUUGAUUGCCACCACCCUUGCAAUUGCUCCUGUCCGCUUUGAUGGGGACAAGGUACUCCGUGUGAAGCUCCAGGAUGAAAAACAAGCAAACAUCAUCAAGGACUUAGCCAAAACCAGCCAGCUUGACUUCUGGUACCCAGACGCCACCUACCAUGUAGCUGCUAACAUGACGGUGGAUUUCCAAAUCAGUGCAAAGGAAUCCCAAUUUGUUCAGUCUGCGUUGGAUCAAAAUCAAAUGCACUAUGAAAUCUUGAUUCACGAUGUACAAGAAGAGGUUGAAAAACAGUUUGAUGUUAAAGAAGAUAACCCAGGCAGGCACAGCUAUGCAAAAUAUAAUAACUGGAGCAAGAUUGUUGCUUGGACUGAAAAAAUGGUGCAUAAGCAUCCGCAAAUGGUCUCUCGAAUCAAAAUUGGAACCACUGUUGAAGAUAACCCACUGUACAUUCUCAAGAUUGGGGGAAAGAAUAAAAGAAGAAAGGCUAUUUUUAUGGACUGUGGCAUUCAUGCACGAGAAUGGAUCUCCCCAGCCUUCUGCCAGUGGUUUGUCUAUCAGGCAACCAAAACUUAUGGUAAAAACAAGAUUAUGACCAAACUCCUGAACCGGAUGAAUUUUUAUGUUCUUCCUGUAUUCAAUGUUGAUGGAUAUAUUUGGUCAUGGACACAGAACCGCAUGUGGAGAAAAAAUCGUUCCAGGAACCAAAAUUCCAAAUGCAUUGGAACUGACCUCAACAGGAACUUUAAUGUCUCAUGGAACUCUUUCCCUAACACCAAUGAUCCAUGUCAGGAGAUCUAUCGGGGUCCUGCACCAGAGUCCGAGAAAGAGACCAAAGCUGUCAGUGACUUCAUUCAAAGCCACCUAAAAUCAAUCAAGGCCUACAUUACCUUCCAUUCCUACUCCCAGAUGUUGUUGUUUCCCUACGGGUAUACAUCAGAACUGCCACCGAACCACAAGAACCUGGCCAAAGCUGCAAAGAUCACCACGAAUGUUCUAUCAACUCCAUAUGAAACCCACUACACCUAUGGCCCAAUAGCAUCAACAAUUUACCCAACAUCAGGUUCUUCUUUAGACUGGGCUUACAACCUGGGCAUCAAACACACAUUUGCCUUUGAGCUCCGAGAUAAAGAAAGAUUUGGUUUUCUCCUUCCAGAAUCUCAGAUAAAGUCAACAUGCAAAGAGACCAUGCCUGCUGUCAAAUUUAUUGUCAAGUAUAUCCUCAAGCAUACUUCAUAA